AUGAGACUUAUUCACACCUUCAGUGCUAUGGUUCUCCUUGGCACUUUAGUUUUGAUCUUCUUCUACUCGAGUCUACAUUUAGAGACGACCUACAGUCGCAAGGCUGCUGCAGAGGACCUCAAGACCCUCAAGAAGAAGAGCAUCACCAAACCUCCUCAUACACCUCGUCAUACACCUCCCCAUACACCUCCCCCUCCUUCUCAUCACUACAAUGUGACUGUUUCUGAUGGCCUCAAACAGACCAUCCCUCAAAACAAAGCGUAUUGGAACCGGUUGCUGUACUCGGCCCUCAGGCGUCUGGACAAGCGGGAGGACCCUUUCGGACACGACUCCCGCUGGGUUCACUGCAGGGAGGCAAAUCAAGAGCUCCUGCAAACCAACGUGCACGACAUCACGUCCUACCCCGGUUUGUUCCAGGACUUUUUGGAGGGCAUGCAUUGCAGGUCUCCUCCUGUCCUGAUUGAUCAACCCAACAAGUGCAUCUCUGGUGAGAAGGGGAAGAAAGACGAGCAGAUCUUUCUGCUUUUUGCCAUCAAGACAACUCCUGCAAACUUUGAGCGGAGACAGGCGGUGAGGGAGACUUGGGGGCGAGAGGAGGUGUAUGAGAGUGGACUGAGAGUACGCACAGUGUUCCUCCUGGGUAGCUCCUCGCAGGAUGACCCUGACCUCAGCUCCUUGCUUUCAUUUGAAGCACAGCACUUUGGGGACAUUCUGCAGUGGGACUUCUAUGAAUCCCUCUUGAAUCUGACGCUCAAAAUGAACAUGGUCUUCCACUGGACGCAACAAAACUGCCCCCAUGUCUCCUUCGUCUUUAGUGGGGACGACGACGUCUUUGUCAACACGCCUGCAUUGGUCAACUACCUGCAGUCUCUGGAGCCUUCAAAGGCCUCUCGGUUGUAUGUUGGACAUGUUAUAAGCACAGCAAACCCUCUCAGAGACCCUAAAAGCAAAUACUACAUCCCUUGGAGCUUCUAUGAAGGCCCAUAUCCUGCUUAUGCUGGCGGAGGAGGCUUUCUUAUCUCUGGAGCAUUGCUGCGACCUUUCUACGCCGUUUCACGAGUCAUUCCUCUCUUCCCCAUCGAUGACGUCUACAUCGGGAUGUGCGCCAAAGCUCUGGAGGUUACUCCUGAGGCGCAUGCCGGCUUUCAGACCUUUGAUGUGAAGGAGCAGGAUCGGGAGAACCUGUGUGUCUAUAAAGAUCUGAUUCUGAUUCACCAGCGCACCCCACAACAGAUGAAGAAGCUAUGGAGGGGCAUCCACAGUCCCUUGUUGACUUGCUGAGCCAAUUCUGGAGCAGGACU